UCUUCUUCUUCUUCUUCUUCUUCUUCUUCUUCUUCUUCUUCUUCUUCUUCUUCUUCUUCUUCAACCUGGUUUUGUAAAAUAUUGUAAGAAAAUCAUCUUCAAUACCAGCUAACUUUGAGGCCCCGGUAAAGGAGUUCAAUUAUUUAGUAGUCAGGAAACAGAAAACCUAUGCCCCCCUCUGAACUGGUGAUAGGAUGGGGGAAGGGCUCCUGCAUUCUGGACACACUCCACAGUUCUCACUUAGCAGAACCCCUUGAUGCUUGUUGGGCACUCCCAAAUUCCACCACCAAGUUGUGCUUCUAGCAUUUGAGACUUUUGAAAGGUCCUUUUCGAGGGAGUCUGUGAGUGACCUGGUUGCUUCCACCUUGUCAAAUCUUCAUUCAAUCACCUCUCAUCUGGACACUCCUUAUCAUUACCUUUUGGGGAUACUAGAGAGGAAAGUGAAAGAAAGAGGGAGAGGAGGGGUAAGGGAGGAAGAGAAGAGGCACAGAGAAGAGAGCAGGAGGAGGAACUAAAGGAAAAGAAAAUCAGUGCCAGAAAUCUCCCUCCCUUGAGGUCUCCAGAGGAAGAAGGUGAAUUGCCCCACUGCUUUUCAAGCUUCUCCAUCCCCCUAGCAGUGGACAAAGAGGAGAAAGAGGGGGUGAGAAAAAGAAGGAGGGAGGGAGGUAAAGAAAGGGAGCAAGGGAGAGAGGUUGGAGGGGAAACUGGGAAAGAAGGAAGGAAGAAAGGAAGGAAGAAAGGAAGAGCAGAAGUUGAAAGGAAAUACAUAGUUGUUGAGUUAGAAGUAAAUCUAAAUUGAAGGAAAGGUUUUGGUGCAAAGGGAUUGAAGCAAAAUUCAAGAGAAAGUCAGUCCAAGUCACUGAGGAUGCUUUAGCUCUUAUUUGGGACACCCAGCCAGCGCCAGAGAGUCUCAGCUCUUCCACCUGCAGGAUGUGGGUAACUAGCUCAUCCUGGCCUUGGAGGGAAGUCUGUGAAGAGAAAGGCCCAUUCCAAAUAUGGUUUCACAUUCCAAAGCCUCUGCACAGGAGAGGAGCAAUAUACAGCAAAGAUCCAAAGGGCUGGCACUCGCCCUCACCUCUAUCCAUGUCCUUCUGGCAAAGGAAUGUUUCCCUCAAGCUCUCUUCUCUUUCUCGAUCUUGCUUCAUUCUUUUGAAUACCUAUACUCUUGCCUGCUUUACUUCUUUUAGCUCUCCUUCAUGCUUUCACGAGCACACGCUAUGCGCGCGCACGUGCGAACACACACAAUUGUAUAGUCAGGGCUUCUUAGUGCUCGCUCCCGACCAAAGGCUAAGCGUGUUCCCCUACUUGGAGCCCAUUUUCAUGACGGGAAACGUUGGAGGGUUUUCAGCACACAUUAAAAACCAAACCAAGUACACAGAGCUAAAGAAAUCCAAAUCCUGCAGUGUGAUGUGAGCCUGCUUUCCCCCCUGGUGCCCAGCGGUGGUGUAGGGUAACCGGGGAGAGCCGCUACAGAGGCGGCGCGCCCAGCAGCCGCGGAGCUGGAAGCCUGCUGCAGCCUCAUCUCCUCCCUCCUUUAUUGAGGGUGCCAAGCGUCAGUCCUGCAUCCUAAAGAAGCCCAUUGAAGAGCCCAUUGCAUUCUCAGCACGUCUCAAGCUAGCUUUUUAAUUUAUUUUUUAGGGCCUUCCCCCCUCUCCUCCAGCCCCCCUAGCUUCAGCUUCAGCAAGAGGAGACUGGACAAGAGAGGAUCCUUAAACUCAAGCUUUGUUUUCCUUGCUGCUUGCCUUUUCAUUCUUUUUCAUAUUCAGUGCCGAGAAACAAAAAUCAAAAUCAAAAUCCAAACCUCCUGCAAAAUAGUUGUGUAAUCAACCAGGAAUGAUGAAGCCCACCAUAGCUGAGAUGCUUCACAGAGGGAGAAUGCUGUGGAUAAUUCUUCUAAGCACAAUUGCUCUAGGAUGGACUACCCCAAUUCCCCUGAUUGAGGACUCAGAGGAAAUAGACGAGCCCUGUUUUGAUCCAUGCUACUGCGAAGUUAAAGAAAGCCUCUUCCACAUACAUUGUGACAGCAAAGGAUUUACAAACAUUAGUCAGAUUACUGAAUUCUGGUCAAGACCUUUUAAACUGUAUCUUCAGAGGAAUUCGAUGAGAAAACUAUACACAAACAGUUUUCUUCACUUGAAUAAUGCUGUGUCUAUUAACCUUGGGAACAAUGCACUGCAGGACAUUCAAACUGGAGCUUUUAAUGGCCUUAAGAUUUUAAAGAGACUAUAUCUCCAUGAGAACAAGCUAGAUGUCUUCAGAAAUGACACCUUCCUUGGCUUAGAAAGUCUGGAAUAUCUGCAGGCAGAUUACAAUGUCAUUAAACGUAUAGAGAGUGGAGCAUUUCGGAACCUAAGUAAAUUGAGGGUUUUAAUCUUAAAUGAUAAUCUCAUCCCCGUGCUUCCAACCAAUUUAUUUAAAGCUGUUUCCUUAACUCAUCUGGACCUUCGUGGAAACAGGUUAAAGGUUCUCUUCUACCGCGGGAUGCUGGAUCACAUUGGCAGAAGCCUGAUGGAGCUCCAGCUAGAAGAGAAUCCGUGGAACUGUACCUGUGAGAUUGUACAGCUGAAGAGUUGGCUGGAGCGAAUUCCUUAUACAGCCCUGGUGGGAGACAUCACCUGUGAGACACCUUUCCAUUUCCAUGGGAAGGAUCUCCGUGAAAUCAAGAAGACUGAACUCUGUCCACUGUUGUCUGACUCUGAGGUGGAGGCCAGCCUGGGGAUUCCCCACUUAUCAUCAAGCAAGGAGAAUGCCUGGCCAACUAAACCUUCCUCCAUGUUGUCUUCUGUCCAUUUUACUGCGUCAUCUGUUGAAUAUAAGUCCUCUAAUAAGCAACCAAAACCCACCAAACAGCCCCGAACACCCAGACCACCUUCGACAUCCCAGGCCUUAUAUCCUGGUCCAAAUCAACCUCCUAUUGCCCCCUAUCAGACUAGACCACCCAUUCCCAUUAUAUGUCCUACUGGGUGUACAUGCAAUUUGCAUAUCAAUGACCUUGGCUUGACUGUCAACUGCAAAGAACGAGGAUUUAACAACAUCUCUGAACUCCUUCCAAGGCCCUUGAAUGCCAAGAAGCUAUACCUGAGCAGCAAUCUUAUUCAGAAGAUAUACCGCUCUGAUUUUUGGAAUUUUUCCUCUUUGGAUCUCUUGCACCUAGGGAACAAUCGCAUUUCCUACGUCCAGGAUGGGGCUUUCAUCAACCUGCCCAACCUGAAGAGUCUCUUUCUCAACGGCAAUGAUAUAGAAAAGCUGACACCAGGUAUGUUCCGAGGUCUACAGAGCUUGCAUUACUUGUACUUCGAAUUCAACGUCAUCCGAGAAAUCCAACCUGCAGCCUUCAGCCUCAUGCCCAACUUGAAGCUGCUGUUUCUCAACAACAACUUGCUGAGGACUCUGCCAACUGAUGCCUUUGCAGGCACAUCCCUGGCUCGGCUUAACCUGAGGAAGAACUACUUUCUCUACCUGCCAGUGGCUGGCGUCCUUGAACACCUGAAUGCGAUUGUGCAGAUAGAUCUCAAUGAGAAUCCGUGGGACUGCACUUGUGACCUAGUCCCCUUUAAACAGUGGAUCGAAACCAUCAGCUCAGUCAGUGUGGUCGGUGAUGUACUCUGUAGGACCCCCGAGAACCUCACCCACCGUGAUGUGCGCACUAUUGAGCUGGAAGUUUUAUGCCCAGAGAUGCUGCAUAUUGCCCAACCUGGACCAUCUCCACCCGAGCCUGGAGAUUACCACCCUAACGGGGGACCAACAAGUGCAUCACCUUAUGAGUUCUCUCCUCCCGGGGGCCCUGUGCCACUUUCUGUGAUGAUUCUCAGCCUGUUGGUUCUGUUCUUCUCAGCUGUCUUUGUUGCUGCAGGCCUCUUUGCCUAUGUGCUCCGUCGGCGUAGGAAGAAGCUGCCCUUUAGAAGCAAGAGGCAGGAAGGUGUGGACCUUACAGGAAUCCAGAUGCAAUGCCACCGUCUGUUUGAGGACAGUGGAGGCAAUGGCGGUGGGAGUGGAGGUGGAGGGCGACCAACUCUGUCCUCGCCAGAGAAAGCCCCUCCCGUGGGUCAUGUGUACGAGUAUAUACCCCACCCAGUAACUCAGAUGUGUAACAACCCCAUCUAUAAGCCGCGAGAGGAGGAAGAAGUGGCUGCCUCAGCAGCGCAGGACACAGGAGCUACAGACCGUGGAGGCCCUGGGACACAGCCACCGGGAAUGGCUGAGGUGCUCUUAGGAAGUGAGCAGUUUGCAGAAACACCCAAGGAGAACCACAGUAACUACCGGACCUUGCUGGAAAAAGAAAAGGAGUGGGCCCUGGCUGUUUCCAACUCCCAACUCAACACCAUAGUGACGGUGAACCAUCACCACCCUCACCCUCACCACUCGGCAGUUGGUGGGGUUUCAGGGGUAGGUGGAGGGACUGGGGGAGACUUGGCUGGGUUCCGCCACCAUGAGAAGAAUGGUGGGGUGGUGCUGUUUCCCCCUGGGGGAGGUUGUGGUGGUGGCAGUCUGCUCCUAGACCGCGAGAGGCCACAGCCUGCUCCAUGCACAGUGGGAUUUGUGGACUGUCUCUAUGGCACAGUGCCCAAAUUAAAGGAACUCCAUGUCCACGCCCCUGGCAUGCAAUAUCCAGACUUACAGCAGGAUGCCAGGCUCAAAGAAACCCUUCUCUUCUCAGCUGGAAAGGGCUUCACAGACCACCAAACCCCCAAAAGUGAUUACCUCGACUUAAGGGCCAAACUUCAAACUAAGCCGGAUUACCUCGAAGUUCUGGAGAAAACAGCAUACAGGUUCUAACUGAAAGAAGAAAACAAAUUAGUGGCUUUGUUUUGAUUUCCAAAAGAAAAGGCAAAAUAAAAAGAAAUAUAUCCCCGGCUCCCAUUAUACUUGUCCCAAUAACUACAUCCUUACAGUUUCCCCUGCCCAGGACAGCACUGAAACGCAUGAUAACUAGAGAAUACAAAAGUGUGCUCCCCCCUCUCAGAUGCGAUUUUGAGGAAGGGCCAUACUCAGAUCAUUAAUCAAUGAAGUGCCUUCGCAGACUUUUGCCAGCAAAUGUUAUCAUUAUUUUUUAUACUGAAACUCGAGACUUUGACUGUGCCAUGGGUGAGGUAUACCGGGGGAUCGUUGUAUUGAUCCUAAAUGAGUAAAAUUCAAUGUGUCUUUUUAUUUUCAGUAACUUUUCUUCCCUUUAGUUGCAGUUUUGUUUGAAAGGGAGGGGGGAGGUUGACAUUUAUGGCUUUCUCUCCUUUACCCAUCAUGGCACAGAUUCUGUACAUGUAUUAACAAUGCAGUUUGCUGCAUGCUUGAAAACUGCAGGAUGGGGAGGGAGGGGCGGGUCUUGCUCGAAUGUUCUCACACUGUUGUCUCACACACAUAUUCAUGUGCACACAACAAAUCCCUACAUUCACUGAGGUCCCUCAGCCUGCACGAGGUGCAGUACACACACACACACACACACACACACACACACACACACACACACACUCACACACUCCUCCCCUGCAACUUAAUAUGCUUAGUUCGGGUUUGAUCUACUUCUUCCUCUACAUAGCUACUCGUGCCCUUCACUCCUAGUGUACAGCUCACAGCAUCUCUCCUACCACCCUGGGAAAAGUCACAUUCGAGGCUGGAUCCUACUGAAGUCAAGGCUUGUUCGUUUAACAGCUGGAGACACCCCUAGGGUUGAACAACCUCCUUGUGACAUUUCAUCCUGAUGUCAAGAUUUUUGAGAACAUCUGCACUUUCUUAUAUAUAUAUAUAUAAAUAUAAAUAUAUGCUAUUAAAAAAUAAAAAAGCAACUGGGUAUAUAUCACUAACAGCUUUGUAGGAAGCACUUUUAAUGUUUUCUCUCUCACACACAAAGAUUCAAAAGAAAUGUGCAUAUAUUUAUUCUGUAAUUUCAGUGAUUAUAAAUUGUAAAGGUAAUGUUUAAUCAUUGUAUAGUGAUUAUGCGUCUGGUAUAGCUUUCCUAAUAAAAAGUUUUUGAAAAACAUAA